UGGCAUAAAAAAACUGCCUCCGAGGUAACCCUACAUUCCAUGACGGGUAUAAAAGGGCCCGCCCGCCUCAGUGCAACCAUCCGUUGCUCACUCUCUCCUCAGCCAACACACACGCACGGCGCCUCCUCCUCCGCAGCCAUGAAGUUCAUCAUCCUCGCCUGUCUGGCCGCCGUUGCCGUCGCCGCCCCCCAGCUGGCGGACCAGCCCCCCAUUCGCAUCGUGAACGACGAACGUGUUGACAACGGUGACGGCACCUUCAGCUACCGAUUCGAGACCGAGAACGGGAUCGCCACCAACGUGGACGGCCAGAUCGGCUCCGUGGGCCAGAGCAACAUGGCCGGCUCCUACAGGUACACCCUCGAUGACGGCUCCGUCGUUGAGGUCACCUUUGUCGCCGACGAGAACGGUUAUCGCGCCGAGUCCCCAGUCAUCCCCGCCCAGCCCGCCCACGUCGCCGAGCUUCUCCGCAUCGCCGAGGAGCAGCGCGCCUCAGGCAUCCAGUUCGAUGAGCAAGGCAGACGCCUUUAAGUAGACCAGCCACUGACGAACACGUCUCUCCGCCACUGAGGGGACUCGUGUGUAAAGCAACGGACGCUCAACAAACAUUAUGAAUGGCUGCACACACACACACACACACACACACACACACACACACACACACACACAAUCAGGACUGAUCAGGAACUAAUUGAUUAAAAUAGCUCCUGUAUCUGUCUACUGUAUUUAGUCAAAUAUACUUGUUAAUAAAAGAUGCUGUGAAAA